AUGCCCAACCUCAUUGCAUCACUCACUUCCCAGGCCCUGCCCUCAACCCCUCCUGACCAGGCCCUGUCCUGGUUCUCAGCCACCCUGUCCCAGUGUCAGCGAGUGGAUGCUUCCACUACGUGUCUGCACAUGUGUGUGUGGACUUGCAUUGUCCUUGCACACCUGCGUGGUCCCAUGAGCGCGGAGCCCAGCAUGUGCUGGAACCUGCAAGAACAUGUGAGUGUGCGUUCUGUGGGUCCCUGUCCUGAUGGCUCUCCACUUGUCCUGAGUGUCACGACGACGAGGAUGCGGACCAUAUCUUCGGAGCCUGAGGAUCUAGCCCAGGUCCAGCCCUGUGCAGCCGCCCGCCAAGCCGCCAGAGGACGAGAGCUCCAUGAGCUCUCCGCGCCCUGCCCACCGGCCCCGGCCCCGACCCCUCCCCCGACCGGACCAGGGAGGUGGGAAGUUUGGGGGCACCCGCUGGGGGUGUCCCAUUUCCGGGGCUGGGCUCCGGGGAGUCGGCGCGGCGCCCGCUCCCUGCCCGCCAGCCUUUUGGGAGCUCAGGCGUGGGCAGCAGCUUGUGUUCCCGGGAAAGGCGGAGCUGCGUCCCGGGGAGACACUCGUUGCAGCCGGCAGCGUAGUCGCUCCCCGCUGGCCGGCCGCUCCGGGAGGGACCCGCAGCGGAGGGUCGGGGCUGGGGCGGGCUGGGGAGGGGUCCCAGGGCUGGGGCCGGUUCGGCCUCCCGGGUGGCGCGCGGGCCCAAGAACUAGGAGGACUGCCGGGCCGGGCCGCUUGUCCUUUGGAAAAACCUUGGCGGUUUCUCGUCUGGUGUCCGUGGACCCCGCCGUGGCGUUCUCCAGGGCCGCGGACCUUCGCCCACCGGUCGCGCCAGCUGUCCUGGAGCAGAAAGGACCCCCCCUCCUCCCGGACCGAGCCCCGAGCCCCGAGCCCCAUGGAGCAGGCAAGCGCCGGAGUCCCGGGGCCGAGGCCCGGUCGGCGGGCGCUCUGGCACCUUUUCCCGCCCCCGAGGGUGCCUGUCCGGCCCGGCCGGGACUGGCUGGGAAACCGAGGCCGGAAGAGGUCGCAGUCCAGCAAGGAAUCGGGGCAGCUCUUCCGUGGUUCCUUGCAGACCCCAGGUCAGGCCAGAAAACACCUCUAUGGCCCUUCCCUGUGUCCCACCACCAGAUAGGACCUCAAAGGCCUGGGGUCCCCAGGAUGGCCCUCAAACCGACUGGUGCCCUUGCAGGCUGCCCCCCUCCAAGUCCUGCUUCUCUCCAGAGAUGGGCAGGAGCACCAGCCCUUACCUGGCACCAGCUCUCUACUGGGGGAACAUAAUAUGGUCUAAGAAGAGAUUUUUCCAGCAAGAGGCCAUCUCUGCAAAUCACCUGUGAGGUAGACCUGUGGCAAUUUUAUGACUCAGCUGGCCACCGAGAUUGUAGCUGGGUUCUGCUGCUUGUUGAAACCUACUCAAUGUUCUUCCCUAAGUAGGACAAGACCGUAUCCUGCCUUUAGGGUUUAUAGAAUAAAAAGUGAAAACUC